AUGUUGUCUGUAUUGUACUUGCUUUGCGCGCCAAUCCUAUUUGGCUUGGUGACAAAUGUACCAAUAAAUGAUACAAAUUCAGUGAAAUCAUACAAUUCUGGAUUUCUCUCAGAGUGUCCUGGCAGAGACAACCCUUUAUUAAUCACGAAGGAAACAUUGAAAAAAAUCCGCUUGAAAGUCAUUGGAUACAAAGCAACAAAACGCUCGGUAAGAAAGAAGUACUCUUACCACCAAUCGAGAGACAUGGCACACGAUCCCACCAUGGACUACGCUAGGAAGACCAUACUAUUCAUAAGUGGUUACUUCGACCAUGCAGAUUUCCCACCAUCCAGAAUUAUUGAGAGCAGUUACAGAACGUUGGGCUAUAAUGUUUGGUUGGUGGAUGUUCAAAAUUUUGUCAACGACCCAUUUCCAAUAGUCACCAGACACGUGCCUACUGUUGGAAGACGUAUCGGUGAAAUGAUUUAUAACAUCACACUUGAAAACGUUGGUUUCGAUCCUAAGAAACUUGAGAUCCUUGGCUUGAGUCUUGGCGGUGAGAUCAUCAGCUUCAUAGCCAAGGCCUUCAAAGAACUAUCGGGUACUAAACUUAGCAAGCUCACAGCAUUGGACCCAACAGGACCUUGCUUUAGAAACUUGGGGCCAGACGAAAGACUGGACCAGAGUGAUGCAGAUUACGUGGAGGUUUUAAACACUAAUAUGGAUGGUUUAGGCAUAGGCACACCAGUCGGCCAUGUUAAUUUUUAUAUAAACGGUGGGGAGUACCAAAUAUCAGAUAUUUACUGGAUGCCUUGUGAGUUACUUUGCAGUCAUAUAAAAGUGUAUACGAUAUGGUUUUCGGCGUUAAGGAAUCCAAACAGCUUUAUCGCAAUGCAAUGUGAUUCUGUACAGCAAGCCAGAGAUAGAAAAUGCUACGAUAGACAACCAAUGGUUACAAAUCUGGUUGGCCUGAACGUAGAUAAAACAAAACACGGUUUAUUUUAUUUAGCAACAGAUUAUAAAUAUCCUUAUUAUAUGGGCGAGAAUGGACUGAAAAAAGAAUUGGAACCUUUUGCUAAUUUCUUCAAACAAUUGCAUAAAGAUGACGUUAUUGUUGUAUAA